AUGGUCACCACCAUCCUCUUCAUCUCACCACAUGGUCACCGUGAUAAUGGCAGCAAUGAUGGUCAUGUUGUUGACGGUUGUGAGAGGAUGAUGCUGAUAGUGUUGAAUGACAUAGCUACCUCUCCACCAACCGUGCUAAGGUGGAUGCAGCGUGACAGGACGCUGGGUCUGGCUGUACAUCAGAUCAUCACCAUCACCGUCUCCCUCAUCAUGGUCAUCGCUGCACUCAUCACAACUCUUGUCUUAAAAAAUUGCUGUGCCCCAAGUGGGCACACUCGGAGGAACAGCAACCAGAGGAAGAUGAACCAGCAGGAGGAAAGCUGCCAGAACUUAACGGACUUCACCCCGGCCCGGGUGCCCAGCAGCGUGGACAUCUUCACAGCCUACAAUGAGACGCUGCAGUGUUCCCACGAGUGUGUCAGGGCAUCCGUGCCCGUGUACACCGAUGAGACCCUGCACUCGACUGGGGAGUACAAGUCCACGUUCAAUGGAAACCGAUCCUCGUCUGCAGAUCGGCAUCUCAUCCCUGUGGCCUUUGUGUCUGAGAAAUGGUUUGAAAUCUCCUGCUGA